AGCUGGCCCAUGCCAGAGCAGCCAAUGAGAGCGCCCAAAGCCUCAAUUUCCUGGAUACGCUAAUGCAGGAUGAGUUGUUCAAUUGUAGAUGGCAUGGUUGCUCGCUGGUCCCACUGCCAGCGAAGCUGCUGAAAUAAUACUAUUACUCUUGGUCGUGCCCUUUCUGCUCUCUUUGUCCUCUCUGUGUGCAUCUUUGCUGUCUUAUCAAUGUGCUUCUCGUUUGUUUUGCGCGCGUCAAGCUGGGUUUUGCGACUCCCUGCGAACACGGAUACCCUGGUCAAGGGCCGACUGCGAUUGCUGUGCGACCGCGACACGAGAGGAACGAUUUCGUCAGCUCUCCACGAUACCGGACCUUGGAUCUGUGUACAUCACGACACUCCUUGUAUGCACGCGAUUGCAACAGUAUGAGCGAGGACUGCCAUCGAGGACUCCAUUUCGACACGAGGUCACGAGCACGCGCAAGUCACGAUUCGCAAGGGGCAUGCACCCACUGUCAUGCGGAAUGCAAGCCAAUGCUGGACAUCCCAUAGAAGGCACUCUGAAAGAUACAACAACUAUUCCGCUACAUAUUCGAACCAGAUCUGGACCGAACCAUCCGUCUCUUUAUCACGCCCGCUAUAUUGUCGCUCGAACCGAAACAAAUGAAAAUGCUACAUGCUGAAUCAGAUGUACUGGCGACCGUCCGUCGUCCCAAGAGAACCGACAUCCGCCGCAGAAAAGACAAGAAAAAGACAACAUAUGCUGAAGCUUGGAAAAACGAUAUGGCCAUCGCUGGCCUGCAGUAUGACCUGCUUGUCUUGUCUUCCGUCACGUCGUAAGAAUCAUUAAGCAUGUCGUAAGAAGCUGACGGCCGUAAUCUCGUCUCACCUCCCGGUGCGAGACUUCUUUGAGGCUCAACGCAUCGAUGAGCUCAUCAACCGAGA